GCUGGGCGGCAGGAGAGCGGCUCGGAGCCGGGGCCAGAGCCAGAGCCAGAGCCGGAGCCAGAGCCGGAGCCACGGCCGGAGCCACGGCCAGAACGGAGAAGCCAGGAGCCCAGGCACCCGCCGAGUUGAGCUCCGUCCCCGAACCGAGCCGAGGCAGGUAAGGCGACCUCCGGCUCCUCCCCGGAGCCUGCGGGGCCGCCCCGUCCCAGUCCCGAGAGCCCCUGACCGUGGGGCGAAUGAGCCCCGUCCUGCCUUCCUCCUCUGCCUCACGGCUCUGACUCAGGCUGGGCUCCUCUCCAUCACUGCCUCUGUCUCAGUCCCUCCGUCUCUUUUCAGUGUCUCUCUGUCGCUGUCUCAGUCCACCUCUCCCCCGCCAGUGUCUCUGAAUCUUUCCCUCUCCCCCACGCCCCCGGCUCUGUCUUUCCUUGUCCUUUCCCUCAACCCCCUCCCUGCAUCCCACUUCUUGUUUCUGUCUCUGUCUCUUCCCAUUCUCGUCUCUCUUCUUCCCCAUCUCUCUCUGCCUCCCUCUCGUUUUCCCCCUCCACGUCCGUUUCUUCCCCUUUCUCCGGUUGUCACCCCCUUUUGGAUCCCCCCAGUCUGAUUCUGCCUCCUCCAUUCCUCUGUCUGUCCUAUUCCUCCUGGGGAUCCUCCCAGUGUCUUAUGUUCUUUUAUGGAGAGAAUGGGGUUGGCCCCAAAACAUAAAUAGGGGGCAGAGAUGGGGCUUCCAUGAGGAGACCCCAUGGAAUCAGAGGAGAAAACUGUAAGGACAGGUGGCAGCAGGGGACAUUGAAAACCUUGGAUUGGAUUUUCAAAACACUUGAAACCCAAGUAGGUGAUUCUGAACAAGUGUCUCUCCCCCCCCCCCCUCAGUUUUCCCUCUCUUGUACCUUGGAAAUGUAACACUUCCCAGGGAAGAAGUGUGUACAUAUACCUGCAAGACUGUGAUCAUCAAGGAGUCUGUCGGUGUAUAUAAGAAGGGAAAACUGUAGAUAUGUGUGUGGGUGACAGAACCCUGGAGUGACAAUGGGGGGGGGGGGCUUAUAGAGAUUGUCAGCCUGAGGAAACUGAGGCACUAAAACAGUAUCUCUUUCCCUGCCCCCACCCUUUUAGCUCAGGGAAACAGACUGGAACCUAGAUUCAGCUUUUCGGUGCUAUGUGAUACCUGAGGCAAAGUGUAAGAACUAACCAACUUCCCCCACAUUUCUAACCUGAAUCACACACAUUCAGACACAUACACAACUUUGAGCACACACUGAGAAAGGCAUGCACAAAUGCACACAGACACACCCACCUGUAUACACACAGAGGCAGCCAUAUACACCUGAAUACAUAGACACUCAGCCAUACAAGCAGAGACAGAGAAAGCUAACUAACUAUACAGGAGCUUGAAAUGCCUCAUUUCCCCCUCAUUCUUCCCUUGGCCAACUGUUGGGAAUCUUUCAGCAAAAACAGACUAGAAGGGGACUAUGUGACUUUGGAUGGACGCCUCAGUUCAUCCAGCUUGGUCCAAGCCACCCUGAGACUCCAAAUUAACUCUUAAACCUCUUCCUCUUAAAAGCACCUCUGCUCCUGGUAUUGUCCAGAAACUGAAUCACACAAGUCAGGGAUCUCUGUAUGCACUGCUGUUGUGGUAAAGUCCUCACCAGAUCUUUUGUUUUUGUGUGUCCCAGGUAUCUGAGAAUGCUAGAACAUUUGUGUGAGAUCUCCCCUUACCUCCAGCCAAGGCCUUAUCUCCUCUCCUCUCUCUCUCUGUGUCUCUCUCUCUGUGUCUCUCUGUCUGUCUCUCUGUCUCUCUGGCUCUGGCUCUCUGGCUCUCUGGCUCUGGCUCUGGCUCUCUCUCUCUGUCUCUCUCUCUCUCUCUGUCUCUCUGUCUCUCUGUCUCUCUCUCUCUCUGUCUCUCUCCCCCCCUCUGUCUCUGUCUCUCUGUCUCUGUCUGUCUGUCUGUCUCUCUCUCCCUGUCUCUGUUUAUCUCUGUCUCUGUUUCUUUCUCACCCCCCCCCCCAACAGCCUUAAAAAGAAAGGAUUAGGGAUGACAGUGCAGGACAAAAGGGAGGUGGAAGAAAUGGGGCCCCAGGGAACAGGUCAGAAGCCAGUCACUGUCAGCCACCCCUCUGCUUAAUUAAUAAAUAAUCUUUUUCUCUGGUCUUAGAAACCUCUUUCCUUCCUCUCAGAGUGGGAUUGAGUAUGUGAGGUGGGAGUGUUGGGGAAGCCCACUGAAUUUUCCCUUUCGCCCAGUUGCCAUGUUUCUGUCUCUCUACAGGUGCUGCUCUCUCUGCUCUUCCUCUUCUCCCAUUCUGUUUUCCCCCCAUUCUGUCUUUUUUCACUUUGACCCAUCAGCUUCUUUCCAACCCACUGCCUCCUUUUCAUCCAGCACUCCUCUUUGCUUCUCUUUCCAGUGAAUCUUUUGCUUAGCUCUCCCAUUCCCCCUAUCUCCUUGCACCUUUUCUCCCCUCUAGCUCAUCCUUACCUCCCUCCCUUUUCCUCUUUCCCUCUUUCUCUUCCCCACCUGCCAUACCUGCUUCAUCUCCUUCCUUAGCCUCUUCUCUUUCUUUCUGUUUCUCUUCUCCCUCGCUUUCUAUCUCUCUCAUCAUUUCUCCCUUCCCCCUCACACCUACCUCCCCUUUCCCGGUCCCUUUGUCUCUCCUCUCUUCUCCCCUCCUGACUCCCUUCUCUUCUCCCCAUUCUCCUUUUCUCUCCCUCGGUCCCUCUCUUUCCUCUUCUUUUUUCUCUUUCCCUCCCUCUUCUUCUCCCCAUUUUUAUCCUUCUUUUGUCUUCUCUUCCCUCUUUCUCUCUGUCUCCCCUCCCUGAUCCCAUCCGGGGCCUCGGUCAGGUGCCCUCAAAAUGGGGCCAACUCUGCCUCUGCCGCCGCCGCUGCUGCCGCUACUGCUGCUGCUGUGGGGGGCCAGGGGUGGGGCCGAGGCGGGAGCCGGGAGCUCGGGCAAGAAGACCUUAAGCCUAGCGGGGGACCUGGUUCUGGGAGGGCUGUUCCCAGUGCACCAGAAGGGGGUCCCGGGGGCUGGGGGGAACGGGGAGUGCGGCGGCCCUGUGAACGAACAGCGCGGUGUGCAGCGCCUGGAGGCCAUGCUCUUCGCCCUGGACCGCAUCAACAGCGACCCGAGGCUUUUGCCAGGCGUGCGGCUGGGCGCUCACAUCCUCGACAGCUGUUCCACCGACACGCACGCACUAGAGCAGGCACUCGACUUCGUGCGCGCCUCCCUCAGCCGCGGCGCCCCAGGCUCCCGCCACGUGUGCCCCGACGGCUCCUACGCCAUCCACGGCGAGCCGCCCACGGCUAUCACCGGCGUCAUCGGUGGCUCCUACAGCGACGUCUCCAUCCAGGUAGCCAACCUUCUUCGGCUUUUCCAGAUCCCCCAGAUCAGCUAUGCAUCCACCAGUGCCAAGCUCAGUGACAAGUCUCGCUAUGAUUACUUUGCUCGUACAGUCCCUCCAGACUUCUACCAGGCCAAGGCCAUGGCUGAGAUCCUCCGCUUCUUCAACUGGACCUACGUAUCGACUGUGGCCUCGGAGGGUGACUAUGGGGAGACUGGCAUCGAGGCCUUUGAGCUAGAGGCUCGAGCCCGAAAUAUCUGUGUGGCCACCUCGGAGAAGGUAGGCCGGGCCAUGAGCCGGGCUGCUUUUGAGGGGGUGGUGCGAGCCCUGCUGCAGAAGCCCAGUGCCCGAGUGGCUGUCGUGUUUGCUCGCUCUGAGGAUGCCCGAGAACUCCUGGCAGCUGCCCAGCGCCUCAAUGCCUCCUUCACCUGGGUGGCCAGUGAUGGUUGGGGUGCCCUGGAAAGUGUGGUGGCAGGUAAUGAAGGGGCAGCAGAGGGUGCCCUCACCAUCGAGCUGGCCUCCUACCCCAUCAGUGACUUUGCCACUUACUUUCGAGCCCUUGACCCGUGGAACAACAGCCGGAACCCUUGGUUUAGAGAGUUCUGGGAGCAGAAGUUUGGCUGUAGCUUCCGCCAGCGGGAUUGCGGGGCCCACUCACUCAAGACCGGACCCUUUGAGCAAGAGUCCAAGAUUAUGUUUGUGGUCAAUGCCGUGUAUGCUAUGGCCCACAGCCUGCACAACAUGCACCAGGCCUUGUGUCCCAACACCACUCAUCUCUGUGAUGCCAUGCGCCCCGUCAAUGGGAAGAGACUCUACAAGGAGUUCAUGCUCAACGUCAAGUUUGAUGCACCAUUUCGGCCCGUCGACACCCACAACGAGGUGCGCUUCGACCGCUUUGGCGAUGGCAUUGGCCGAUACAACAUCUUCACCUACUUCCGUGGGGGCAGCGGACGCUACCGUUACCGGAAGGUGGGCUACUGGGCUGAAGGCCUGAGCCUGGACACCAGCCUCAUCCCCUGGGCCUCAGCCCAGGGCGUCACCCUCCCUACCUCCCGGUGCAGCGAGCCCUGCCUGAAGAACGAGAUGAAGAGCGUCCAGCCCGGCGAUGUGUGCUGCUGGCUGUGUAUCCCGUGCCAGCCCUACGAGUAUCUGCAGGACGAGUUCACCUGCACGGACUGUGGCUUGGGCUACUGGCCCAAUUCCAGCCUGUCGGGCUGCUUCGAGCUGCCCCAGGAGUACAUCCGCUGGGGAGACGCCUGGGCGCUGGGGCCGGUCACCAUCUCGUGCCUGGGCUCUCUCGCCACCCUCUUCGUCCUGGGUGUCUUUGUUCGCCACAAUGGGACUCCCGUGGUCAAAGCCUCGGGCCGCGAGCUCUGCUACAUCCUGCUGGCCGGCGUCCUGCUCUGCUAUUCCAUGACCUUCGUGUUCAUCGCCAAGCCCUCCACAGCCGUGUGUGCCCUCCGCCGCCUGGGCCUGGGCACCGCCUUCUCUGUCUGCUACUCGGCCCUGCUCACCAAGACCAACCGCAUCGCGCGGAUCUUCGGCGGCGGGGCCCGGGACGGCGCCCGGCGGCCGCGGUUCAUCAGCCCCGCCUCCCAGGUGGCCAUCUGCUUGGCCCUCAUCUCGGGCCAGCUGCUCAUCGUGACCAUCUGGCUGCUGGUGGAGGCACCCGGCACGGGCAAGGAGACGGGGCCCGAGAGGAGGGAGGUGGUGACGCUGCGCUGUAACCAUCGGGACUCCAGCAUGCUGGCUUCCCUGGCCUACAACGUGCUGCUCAUCGCCCUCUGCACCCUCUAUGCCUUCAAGACCCGCAAGUGUCCCGAGAACUUUAACGAGGCCAAGUUCAUCGGCUUCACCAUGUACACCACCUGCAUCAUCUGGCUGGCCUUCCUGCCCAUCUUCUACGUCACCUCCAGUGACUACCGGGUGCAGACAACAACCAUGUGUGUGUCUGUCAGCCUCAGCGGCUCCGUGGUCCUAGGCUGCCUCUUCACCCCCAAACUUCACAUCAUCCUCUUCCAGCCACAGAAGAACGUAGUCAGUCACCGGGCACCUACCAGCCGCUUCAGUGUCACUGCUGCUGGCUCCAGCAUCUCCCAUGGUUCUGGCUCCCAGUUUGUUCCCACGGUAUGUAAUGGCCGGGAGGUGGUGGACUCCACCACUUCAUCACUCUGAGGGUCAAGCCCCAACACACCCAGCUUCAUGGCUAGAGCUGGGAGAGGUAGUACAGGGCACUGCCCUCCAGGGCCCAGGAGCACUGCAAUAACCCCAAGUCACCCCCUUUGUUUCCCCAAACAUUGUCAUCCCAUCUAGCCCCAUCCCACCUCCCAACCUUGGCCCAGGGGCAGAAGCUGCUGGAGAACGGUGAGAGCCUGGGAUGCUUGGCCCACGGGUGAGCUUGGCUUUGUUUGCAACUACACACCCAGGAGGGAUCCAGGGCUUGGGGGGAAGGCCUCGGCUCAAGGGGUGUAGAUAUUAGGAAGGCAGCCCGGAGACGGAAGGAAAAUAGAGGAGCCACGCUUCCCGAUCCUUGUUACUUCAAAGGUGCUUCCAGCUCCGGGCCCACUCCUAGUUCCUACUUCAUGUCUGGGGGCUUUUAAUUUUUUAUAUACGUUAUUAUAAGGGAGGGGAGGGGGCAGCCAGUCUUCCUGUAAAAUAUUGUAUUCUGUGGUUUAUUUUGUAAUUUCUGUAAAUAAAGUUUUGUUUUUUAAAUCCAAA